CUAAACCUACCAAUAGGAAUUUUUUUCAUGUGUUUAUGAAACGGAAUGUACACGUAUAUAAAAGGAGAAAUUCGCAAAACUUUUUCAUUUCUCGUUCGAAUAUUCAAGUGUGAUAUACGAAAUAAAACUUGGUGAAGAUGUAUUUUCUUGUGAAAUUUGACGACGGUGUUCAAUACAUUUGUGAUGAAAAGAAAAUAUCGAAUAGGGAUGGAGAGAAGUGUAAUGUGAAAUACCGAAAUGGUGCUCGAUAUCCCGCCAAAAUUUUAGCUUCAAAUGAUGAUCUCAAUUGCCUUGAGCACUUGAUGAAUAAAGAGGACACUUCUGAGAAUGAAGUGGAAAAUUUGUCCCGUGAAGAGGAAACAAUUUCGAGCCUUUUACCACUGACGGAGUUCAACUCUGAUGAUAAUCCUUCUUAUGCCAACGCAAACAAUGGUCGAAAAAAUCCGAUUGUUCUUAUAACCUUUCAUAUUUCAUGA